UCGCUUUUCUCGCAAACGUCUAUUCCAUACUUUUGGUCGAACGCGUCUUCGGACCUGCAAUUAUGCGCUUUAUGCUUUAGAGCUCAGACUUGAACGCCGCUUACCAGUCAAGAGACGAUGGACGACGGGCGGUGGACUGCCGGGCAACACUCUCGAGAGCACUGCGGAGAUGGGGAACCUGAAACGCCUGGUGACGGGAAACACCAGAAAGCGGCAAAGUGGUCCGCGAUGUGAGCGAGACAAGAAGCAGGGCAAGGAAGCGGGAAGGCGGAAAUCUUGCAAAUGCGUAAAGCCGCCAAAGUUCAACUGUCUCGCUCGAAUUUUGCUCAAAGCCAGUGUGAAAAAGCACAGAGUCAUUAGAGAGCGGAAUAGGCGAGCGCGUGUGCCGCUGACCCAUGCACGCUCACCGCGCCCAGUGUACGUACACCAGAACACAGUCUUGAGUCUAAGUCACUUCCACUUCCUGCGAUGCUUGCAGGCUUUCUUCUUAGACUCGCCAUAUUGGUUCAAAAACCGUACUCUGCUCCAUAUGUUUCCACAACGCUUCGAACUGGAAGACCAACAGCGACAUGGGUCUGUUUGACCACGGAGGCUUAACCGACUCCAUCGGCUGUUCGUGAGCACGGAACACAAACGGGAAAGUGACUGCUGCCCUAAACAGAUGAGGCCUGCAUCAGUCUUCGCGUGGGUUUCAACUGAUGUUUCUGGAGAGAACUUGGCACCUCCUUUUUUCGCCUUGUUUCAUUCCCACCGGUAACACACUCGUCACAUUCAAACCGACCCACGACUUAAUGCGCGGCCUUCCUGUGCCCAAAGGCAAUUCAUUUUCUAGAAUCCGCUACGUGUUUUUUUGCUCAAGAAGGCCACGUUUAUGUCGUCGCCGAACGAGCUACCAUAACCAUGUAUGUAUGUGUGUUUUUACAUCUAUGCGAGUGAGUAGUCACAGGCAGGCUUACAUGCACGUAAGGACGCGAGCUGCUCGAAUGGACCACAGAAGAGUCACUACCCUUUCUUUUGGGGUCAUUUCAUAUUCUCUCGGGCGCCCGAGUGUUGCUCGGCAGCCCUCCACUGCUUGCCACUCUCUUGAAGGAGGUGAGUUGUCUCAGAGGAGAGUAAGCAGACCUGCCCCUGCAUCGACAGUUCGCGUGCACUGACCGAAUCAAAAAUGACCGGAAACAAGACAUACCUAAGCAUUAAUCCAUUUAUGGAUGUCAAGGUAACCAAACCAUGUUUGAUGCUUUUUCAUAGACAGGUAGGUGUGGGCGCAGCAGUAAGUCGAGAGCGACAUCGCGAGCCCUGCUCUAAAUUUACCACGUUGUGAACAGAGUUCGUAAAGCUUUCUUCGCCCACUGCCAUCCAUAUUCGUUAGGUUUGUCGCGAGCUUAUUCAGUGAGUUGUUCAUCUUCUACAUCCACUUUACUGAACUCGGCGCAGAAGAUAUUAGGACAUCAGAUCAGAGCCUCAUCCCGUGUGUCAAAAAAGCUGUCUGCAUGUGUCGCAAAGCCCUUGGCACAACUGCCUGAUGGUUACGCCGAGUCAAAUUGUGCGCCUCCACGGAAAAGGCUCACCUUAAUCAUAGUGAAGAUGCUGUACGUGUUAGUAAAAGAGUAUUAUACAUAUGGAAUAGGUGUAAAGUAUCACCACACAUCUGUAAACAAAGGACUCCUUAACUUAAACUGAGGAGUGCGUUUGAUUGCUGAACACCUGCGGUUUCAGGUGUUUUCUAAGUAACCGUAUAUAUGCGAGUUCUCUCCUCAACGUUUCUGCCAGCGUUAUUCUUGCUUACUCCUCUACGAAAGGGACCCGCCAUCGUUGAUAUCCUCUGUAAACUAAUCUUGUGUAGACGUGGUUCCGGACGGAUACAACUUCGCGACAAACGCUCAGAAUUGCUGUGUACAUCAGUUCGAGAGCGGAGAACAACAGUUUGAACAGCGAGAGAAGACGACCAUCUGGACACUAGUGUGAUCAGCACCAUCCACGUAGAAGUACCUCUCUCUGUGAGACAGGAUUAUUUGUCGAAAAAUUCUGUUAUCACCCAUAGUAAGAUCACGAUAAAACGACGACUUAGAUGCCAGUAUGAUCAGUACCAUCGCUCUGGGAGUAAUUGUCUCUGAGAGAACGACUGAAUCACGGAACCAUGGAUACCUAGAACACGAUCAAGGGGGGGGUGUAUGCGCGAGAGCUGCCCUGUCUAGAACAAAAGUUCCCAUGCCGUUCUGCCUAUCCUUUUUGAAAGUCGUUGUAUCUUGCUCAGGAACGAACGUUCGUUCACACAACCGUGUCAGGGCGCUGCGUCACUUUUUUUGUGUGGUGAAUAGGUCACUGAGAUGAUAAAGAGCUGCCGAGAAUAUGGACCGAUCGGAAUUUGCACUCAGUCAGAACUUUGUUCCUUGUUUCCGAAAGCUGUGGAAGACAGGAAAACAGAUGGUUUGUCCCGUUUUUUCCGCUUCGCACCUCACAGUCGCAGGUAUUCUUUGUUUUUCGUUUCUUGUCAUAGUGUCUUUUUCUUUCUCAUUCUCUUGAGUGGGUUGUGCCGUGCCAAGGGGCGCUCACACGACGCGCGCUCGGUCUUCCGCUUGCUCUGUCUGUAUUUGCGAACUUUUACAGAAGCAGGUUUCAUUUUCAGGUAGAACUUGUGAAAAAGAGAACACCCACUAUGGCUUCUGCACGGCGGAGUCCGAGAAGAGUCGCGUUUUUGGCUUUUCUAGCCGCUGGGGUGUGCGUGAGCGGCAGCCGUUCGAUUUUCUUCGCGGACGCAAAGAAAGGCGAGGUUGUGCAUGUCGAGCAGGAAGUGUGUGAACAGGUUGAAAAGAAGGUCCAAAGUACGUGUUUCAAAGAUGUGACAACAAAAGAGGCCUACUCGUGCCCUGUGGUCCAGGAGAAGGAAGUAUGCCGGAACGUGGCCGUGGGCGUGCCCAGCACGUGCUUCAAGAAGGUGAAGGAAAAGCAGGCGUACAGCUGCCCCAAAACCAAGACUGAAAAACAGUGUCGCGAUGUGGUGGAGACUUGCUACAAAACUGAGAAACAGCAGCGUGAGUUUCCGUGCGAGGGCAAAGAAACGUGCUCGAUGGUGCCCGUCGACGUGCCUGACACGUGCACGCGGUCGGUGGACCAGCAACAAGCGUACACAUGCGAAAAAACCAAGAUGGAACAGGUCUGUGCAGAGGUGGCCGUGACCGUGGACAAAACUUGCCACAAAGAAGAGCUGCAAACGGUUCCGUACGCGUGCACAAAGACGGAGUACAAGCAGCAGUGCAAGAAAGUGGCUGUGCAGUCCGCGGCGGCACAGAGCACCUGCUUCAAGACCGUCAUGAAAACCCAGGACUACGCGUGCUCCAAGACGCAGAUGGAGAAGAGUUGCGCUCAGGUGCCGAUUGAGGUGAAGGGAAAGUGCCACCGCAUGGUGCCGAAGGAGAAGUCCUACAAGUGCAAGAAGACGGAGGUCAAGCAGAAGUGCAAGAAAGUGAACGUCAAGGUUCCGGCCGUCUGCACGCGGAACGUGAAAGAGAAGCAGGCGUACGAGUGCACGGAAACCGAGUACAAGACCGAAUGCGUCGUCGAGGUGCCCUGCAAGGACCAGAAAUGCAAGAUGCGUCGGCUGAACAAAAAAGACGGGGAAGCCCAGGCGACGAACUGCCAAACAGUGCCUGUCCAGGUCAGCAAAACGUGCUACCGAGAAGUGGACGCCGUCCAGGAGUACGAGUGCGAAAAGAAGGAGCAACAGGAAGAGUGCACCGACCAAGAGGUGGAAGUGAACGACACGUGCUUCGAAACAGUCGAGGUAAAGGAGGCCUACGAGUGCAUCAAGGUCGAAUACAAAGAGGAGUGCAAGGACGUCGCCGUCCAGGUUCCCGCCACCUGCACGAAGGAGGUGCCUUUCCAAGAGGCGUACCCCUGCCCGCCAGUGAUGGAAAUGAAGGAGCAGUGCGAACAAGUUGCCGUGGAAGUCGCCGCCACUUGCGAGAAACAAGUGGCUGUGCAAGUCCCGUACUCGUGCCCGACGACGGAAAUGAAGAUGCAGUGCAAGGACCAGGCCGUCCCGUUCCAAGACACAUGCUACAAGACCGUCAAAGUCGAGGAGCAGUACCCUUGCACGAAGACGACCAAGCAGCGCCAGUGCCACAGAGAAACAAAGACUUGCACGGAAAAGGUCCCAGUGGAAGUCGCCUACGACUGCACAAAGCAACACUGCGAGAAGGUCGAAGUCCAGGUCGACGAGACGUGCUACAAACAAGUCGAGGUCGAGCAGCCGUACGCGUGCACGGAAACAAAGUACGAAAGCAAGUGUGGAGUCGAAACGUACACGGAACCCAAAACGUGCUACAAUGACGUUUUGACCAAGCAGGCGUACCCCUGCUACGAAACAAAGAUCGAGACUGUCUGCAAGCCGUGCGCCGCGAAAAUCAAAGUCACGCCCGAGAAGGUGCGUGAGCCCAAGAACUCGAAACCCAAGAAAGACGACGCCGUUCCCCUCGUCGUGGAACAUCCCGUCGUCGUUCACGAAGCCCCUCUUCCGCCUCCUGCCAUCGUGGCAGACAAGGCGCCCGCGACUCCCGUGGUGGCCUCGAAAAAAGGUUCCUUCAUGUACUAAACGCAUGGUCUUGAAGACCGCGCGCUGAAUGUGUACUGCCUUCUUUGCAGUGAUCUACACUCACGUUCGGAAGGAUCGGAAGGAAUCUUCCCAGGAACAAACAUAGUAUCAGACCAAAUACGAAUGAACUGAGUAAAGUAAUACAGGGUUGAACUGAGCGAAACAACGGUGAGAACGCUCAACCCGACGUACCGCAGCGUGGAGUCCACAGACACGGAGACAGACAGGAGUCUUUUCUGUGUUGUGGUAAUUCUUCCAGUAGGGCAAAGCGGAAACAGCGGGGCAAUGGUGUGCGUGUAGAUACCCGGGGCACAAAGAAACCACUGCACCAUUCUCCAUAGUUUUUGUUGGUCGAGAUGCAGAUACGCAUGAGUAAACGUGUGUCGACCAACAGAAAAGUCAGUCUGCGUGCAAAUGUGUACCUAGGCCGCUUCGCGUGUGCCACAUGAAAACACCUGAGGGUUACGUGCCACCAGAAAAAGGAACAUGUCGGGUGUCUACAGGAAAACGAAACAGUGGCCUGUGCAACGUGUGCGCUUCUGACUUGCCCAAAUGUGGUCGGCAGUGCACGUACCGCGUCGAACUUCACACCACAUGUCUCCAAGGUCUCUUUUGUUCGAACCCCGCUGCUGCUGUCCAACUGUCUGCAACCAGUAACAAACACCCUCGUAAAAGUCGGCGGUAGAUUCUUUCGUGAAGCAGAAAAAUAGAGUAUCGAAUCCACAAUUGUGCGUGUAAACGAAUAGGUCUGGUGAGCAGUACGAUGCGGUAAUCGAUACGAAGGUUCGAUACCGCUAUUGUCUGAUUCCUCAACUGAUACUCAUAUAUAUCUGUGGAUAACACCACGACUCUCCUGAGCUGCGGAGUAUCUUCAAGAGGAGCUGUUCGUAACGGG